GUUGCAGUGUGAGUAAGGCGGAAGAAGCCAGUGAUGCAGGUUUAAAAAAAAAGAGAGAGGACUCCCGAUCUGUGUGGCAGAGAUAUUUGUUUAUCUGGUAUACAGGAGGGUAGAUUGCAAUAAGGACUGACAAGAUGCCGACGUGUGUGAGUCUGGAGACUCAGAUUUCCUCCGUGAUGGAGAGUCUGACCCGAGCGGCGGUGGCGGAGAUCUGUAAACUGAUCAACAGCGAGUGUGUGGAGAUGCGCUUAGAGAUCCACAGGGGCCAGAAAGAGAUCGAAGCCCUGAAGGGAAAAAUACGGGAUCUGAAGAGAGAAGCGCAAAAUCCUUCUUUGGUCGCAGUGUCUUUAAUCGAGCCUCAGGCAAAUCUGCGAGAUGGAGAUAACAGAAUUGAUGAUCUCAGCACAGCACCUACUUGUCAGAAUGAAGAAAGGGAUAAGAAGACAAAUACUCCAGCACCAUUGAAGAACUUGCAGGAGAAUGAGGUUCAAGGAAGCAGGAAUUCUCUUCCAAACUCUGGGAGUAAACAGAGUCAGACGAGUAUGCUUUCCCCAUCUGAAAGUGGAGAUCCGUUGAAGGAAUCCCAAAUCCUUAUGGACUCACUGACCACUGAAGCUGUAGCUGACAUUAGAGGACUCAACACUAUGGCUGUAAAGUUAGAGGGUGCGAGUCCACCUGUGUCCACAUCCGAGUGUGUCUCAGAGGUCUUUCAAGCUGACCAGAAGCAAAGCACAAACACACACAGUCAUACAGCAGGAGACAACAUUAAUCACUUUGGGUCUGCAGAAGAGCUUUGGCCACAAUCUCAAUAUUCAGCACAUUUCCAUAACAAACAUCUCUCUGAAGAAGAAUCAAACUACAAAUAUGAGACAGAUUUUAAUCAUAUUAAUGAGCAUAGGAGCAAUGAAGGGAACCCUAAUGAGUUGCUUCUAAAGACUGAGGAGAACGAGGAGCCUUUAACAAAGACAACAAAUGAACUGGCACCAUGUGGAAUGAUGAACAAUGCGGCUUUGUCAUGGCCAUGUUUGACUUCAGUGAGCUUUCCGGUAAGUGUUGGAGGUCCAGGCUGCUCUUCUAUGCUACAACAAGCUAUACAUGCUUCCCACCCUGAACAUCCUGCAUUUCAUCUCAGUGUGACUGGUGAGAUUGAGUAUACAGUUGAGCCUGAAGCAAAACAGGCGGGAGGAAGAAAUGUACAGGAUGUGAUUCAAACCACAGCAAUUAGACAGACCCCCACGGUGUCCACAAUGCUGACAAAAGCAAGGCGUCUUCCAAUAGCUGACAUGCGGCAUAAGCUGUAUUCCUGCUCCUUCUGUCCCAAGAGUUUCCAGAGUGGUGCUGACCUGAAGAGACAUCAGCGCAUUCAUACAGGCGAGAAGCCGUAUGGUUGCGCUGUGUGUGGGAAGCGCUUCUCCCUCAGGGGGAACCUCGUCACCCAUGAGAGGGCACACAGUGGCAGCAAGCCCUUCAUUUGCCGCCAGUGUGGAAGAGCCUUUGCCCAUGGCUCCAACUUAAGGGCCCAUCAGCGCGUCCAUACUGGAGAAAGGCCUUUUCACUGCUCUCUGUGUGACAAGACGUUUGCUUGGUACUACCCUUUCAAAAGACACCUCAGCUUGCACUUUCUGAAUGGACAAAACUCCUGAUUACAUUUGUGUUUUUCUAAGUAACAUCCUUAAGGCCAGGUUUUGUCUUGCAAACCACCACAGGCCUUCAGACGAAAAGGAGCACUUAGUACUGUCUGUACCUCAGUGUGGUUGUCUUUUAAUUCUUUGAAUUACCUUUCAGCAGGAAAUAGGAUGACUAGAUAAUAUGCUAUGAAAGGCUUAUAACGAGUUAGUCUUAGUUUGUUAGAAAACAUGUUAUCAUAAAUUGACUAUUCUAAUAAACAAUGACUAAUAAACCUAGUUAAAAGA